GUGUGAUCUCGCGAGAACUCAACUCACCUCUAUCCCGUGUUGCUAGAGCAGUGACAGUGUGGCUGCCGAGGGUGAACUGCAGUAAUCAUGCUCAAAGCAAUAAACAAGACACAUCUCAGGCAGUUGUCUGGUCUGAUUCAGAGGUUUCAGAGUACUCUGGUUGUUGCAGAGCACAAUAAUGAAACGCUGACCCCUAUUACCCUGAACGCCAUCACUGCUGCUUCAAAACUCGGCAGUGAUGUUUCUUGUUUGGUUGCUGGAACAAACUGUGCGAAGGUUGCAGAGCAGCUGUCCAAAGUUCAUGGGGUGAAGAAAGUUCUGGUAGCUCAACAUGAGGCCUACAAAGGGUUAUUGCCAGAGGAGCUGACGCCUCUCAUCUUGGCAACCCAGAAACAGUUUAGUUUCACACACAUCUGCGCGGGAGCUUCUGCUUUCGGAAAGAAUCUCCUUCCAAGAGUGGCUGCCAAGUUGGACGUGGCUCCCAUUUCAGAUAUCAUCGAGAUCAAAUCUCCAGACACCUUCGUGAGGACGAUUUACGCCGGAAAUGCCCUCAGCACAGUCAAGUGCAAUGAAAGUGUCAAGGUCUUCACCGUUCGAGGCACUUCCUUUGAACCUGCGGCCGUGGAGGGGGGCAGCGCCACUUCAGAGGAAGUCUCUCCGUCUGCCCCUGUUGGAGUCUCUGAGUGGCUGGAACAGAAUCUGACCAAGAGUGACCGCCCAGAACUCACCAGUGCUAAAGUUGUGGUGUCUGGAGGGAGGGGCUUGAAGAGCGGCGAUAACUUCAAACUGCUCUACGACCUCGCAGACAAGCUGAACGCAGCCGUCGGUGCCUCCAGAGCUGCAGUUGACGCUGGUUAUGUCCCCAACGACAUGCAGGUUGGACAGACUGGAAAGAUUGUGGCUCCUGAGCUGUACAUUGCGGUUGGCAUCUCUGGAGCGAUACAACAUCUUGCUGGCAUGAAAGAUAGCAAGACCAUUGUGGCCAUCAACAAGGACCCAGAAGCCCCCAUUUUCCAGGUGGCUGACUAUGGCCUAGUAGCAGAUCUGUUCAAGGUUGUACCUGAGUUGACCGAAGCCUUGAAAAAGUAAGACUCCUCAGGAAGACUGUACUCACCUGGAGAACUUCACUAGGAACCUGCCUUAAGAAGCUCCGAGCCGACGCUCCACUGCUGAUCAACUUCUGAACGUGAUUUUCCUCCGGAACACCUAUAUGUACUUACAGUAGCUAAUUUAAACCACUUAAACCACUUGUUUUAAUAAAAGAAUUCAGUGACACAUGGGCUUGAAGUUUUCCGUUGUUCUAAGUCGGGUUUGUAAACGUAAUUGUUGUCGCAGUCUUUGGCUAAUUCAAGGUUGUCCAAAACUGCUUCUGGAUACUCAUUGUCCUACAGAGUUUAACUCCAACCCUAAGUAAACACACUUGAACCAGCAAAUAAAGCUCUUCAGGAUCACUAGAAACAUCCCAAGCUAAACUCUGCCAGACAUUGGCACUCCAGAAGCAGGAUUGGACACUCCUGCUGUGUACUGACCUCAGUGGAGUAGAGCUCAUUGUGGAUAUGAUAAUCUUUUCAUGUUCUAUGUCAUCUAUUUGUAAAAGAAACUUGCUGAUUGUUAUAUUUUAAUAAGGUAGCUGUCUGGCCAUGGAUGUUCACUGAAGUGAUCCAAUAAACACUUGUGCUUGUACUUGUA